AUGUUGGAGAAAACAGACACCAACACGGGCUCCAGACCUGACCUACCCUUUGAGCUCAGCGAUUUCGAAUCUGGAAUAGCGAAUGUUCAAUCAGUACUAGAGCAUGAACUACACAGCGAGGUUGACCUGGCACACCUUUUCGGCCACUCUGCCAGCACCUCGACCAGCCCAAAAAGUUUCAAAGCAGUCACUGGUACAUGCACUACAGCCAACGGUGGUGGGGAUGCAAGCCGCAGCUCGAAGUCUCCUCAACCUUCUAGCAGUAAGGACGAAUGCUUGCAGCGACUGUCUCAGCUGAGUUCUAAGCUGUUGGUGUGCUUUAGUAAGACUGAAAAUCGCCAUGUAGCCCUCGAAGAUAUUCUAGCUUACCCAUCUCCGGAAAUGAGCUGUAACGCUCAUGAUGGGGAUGAUCAGGGGUUACAUACCGCCAAAAACAUCAUCGGCGAACUCUUAGAGAGUUCUCAGGUGUUUUUAGAAACUCUAGAGCAGCUGAAAUCCUUGGAGGCAUCCCAGCAAGAACCGCAGCAUCCGUACUCGCCGUCUAGUUCAGAGUAUUUGUAUUUGGAUUCGCCAGACGAAGCCGACUUCCUCUCGAAGGAGAGUUCGACGCCGUUUCCAGCGUUCGCGCCACGCAAUAGCGACAAUGACAACAGCCAUGAAAUGGCUACCAAGCUUUCAAGCGACAAAACCUCGCGAUAUCCUUGUAAAUCGGCGAAUGCUUUCUCGACAAAUGUUUGCUUCAGCAUGCCAACCAUAUUCACAAUCGUAACCUGCUAUAUGUGGUUGUUUCAGGGCUACGAGGUUGUUUUUUCCGCCAUCCAAGAGUCUUUGCUAUUGCAAAAGCAGACGCAAGAAGACCAACAACGGAAAGAACAACAACGACAGCAAUGCGAUAUCUCGAGUUAUCACUACGUACAGAAGAGACGACAAGCGUCAUCGUCAUCCACACCCGUCUCACGGACAGGAAAGACAGGCCCUGGGGCAUUGUGUCCUACCGUCUUGCCAAAUAUUCAGUUUGGAGGGUUCGGUCUGGAUGGUCACCCUAACUUGCAAAUUGAGAUGUUGAUACACGUUAGCUCCCAAAUGUUACAAAAGAUUGAGAACAUCAUGGGCUUUGACACGGCGACAGCGCAAAAUCACCCGCCUCCGCCCCCACCGUCGCCCUGUCGCGAGCAUGGCCUGCUGGAUUUAGGAUGUGCUCCUACUCAAUUAUAUGCAUACCUCCAUGGCGCAAGACAUGGCGCCGCGGAAAGUCCUUCAUCGGGCCGAUCGGCAUUAGUCAAGGAUAUGGUGAAGACUAUUAGACAAAUCCUGAGUAGUAGCCAUUGUUAG